AUGCGGUACAAUGUGCCGAGUUCUCUGUACAAUUAUACUGCUGUGGACUGGCGCGGGGUCAGUCCGACUGGGAAUCUGUCCACCUGCGAAGGACGGGUCAUCCCCUCGUCCUACAAAUUACUGUUAGAUCACCUUGGGUUGAAAAUUUUAUGGUUCAAAGACAACGAGCAGGUAAGUGUGUCAAACACGUCAGAUGGUCGCAUUACGAUUACUGAGGACGUUGUGAAUGUUCCAGACAACAUAAGCCAUUUAUGCUUUCCCAGCUGUCCCAGCUUUCCCAAGAGCACGUCGCAUUUCAUCUCUAUCUUGUCAAUUCGCAACGUUGAAAAGUCAGACUAUGGUGUGUACAACUGUAAACUUGUCAUCAACAAUGAUGCAGAUUUGAAGAUGGAUAAAAAGGCACAUACUUACAGUAUCGACUCAUUCACUCUAAAAGGCCCCGAUGAUCCUACUUGGCCUAGUGCAUUAUACCCCAAGCUGAACAAUAAGUGCAAAACCGCAGUGACAUGCCAUGUUACUUGCUUUGGUUGCUGCACAUGUGAUACGGGCUUGUGUGAAAUGAUGCUGUUGAAAGACAACAAGAUGGUCGCUUCAACCAGCUCAGUCGUAGCAGAUGGCUACAUAUUCAAAUCGUCCUUUAAAUUAUCUAUCAAUGGCAUUGAAGAUUUCGGAGAUUACCAUUGUGUACUGAAGCAGCAUGCGGUUGACUGUUUCGAUGGGUCAAUGUUUGAGAACUUCCAAGUGGGAGAGUCUUUCCAUCUGGGUCGUCCUGAGGUGGAGAAAAAUAAGUAA